GAGAGUUGAAAAUCCAUGCCCUUACUGGGAAGAUAUGGAGCGCCAUGGACACAGUCUACGCGAGUCUAGAAGGCAUCUCAAACUAAAGAGAUAAAUAUUUCUCUCAUCAGAAAACGACUGGUUUGAGAAUCUGAGCGGAGAGAACGGGCGGCCCGGUUGAGGAUGGAGUGUGCAUUUGACGCACAGAAUCUGAUCUCCAUUUCUUUGAGGAAAAUCCAGAGCUCCAGGACGCAGAGAGGAGGCAUCAAGCUUCACAAGAACUUGCUGGUAACGUACGUCCUGAGAAACGCCAGGCAGUUAUACAUGAGCAAAACCUCGUCGCAGACGCAGAGGACGCCUCCAUACGAGGAUGUGGCCGUGGUCCGCGAAAGGCAAGAAUACCUCGAAUUAACGGGCAGCUUCACGGAGUUGGCUGAUGACUUCUAUUGCAACUUUAACGGGGUUGAGUCGGGCACUUGGCACUGCGGAGCGCACCAAUCCAGCGGCCAGCCUGCAGUGGUGGCGCACCAAGACGCACCAGCCUGCGCUAUGGUUUCACCAAGUGACCCUGACCUCAUGGUUUCGGAAGCCUGUUGGAGCUGUUCAGACAAACCUUCCUGGGAGUUGAUUGUCCCGAAUUCUCAGGCUAACCAAAAGACUGUCCUGGACCUGGACACCCAUGUGGUGACAACCGUCACCAACGGAUACUUCCAUUCAGACUGUUGCGCGCAGCCCAAACAGCCGCAGGGCGCACUGGGCGUCACUAAAAAGCGAAAGAUGGACACAAGUUACUACAUUAUUGAUCCAGAAUUUUAUUUGCCGGACUUUGGAGCGGUGCCAUGCAAACGGAUGAGAAGUGAUGAGGAUUUACACUCAGACUCGGACCAGCUGGACAGCGCAAACAUCUCCAAUCUGAUCUCGGUGCUGGGAUCAGGUGGACUCUCAGAGUUUGUGAGUUGGCAGCAAACGGACCUUGAGCAAAUAUUCGCCACUCAAACAAUUUGUUUAAGACACACACUGUUGACAGGCAGUGGUUGGACCAGAGCAAUCGAAGCGUUUUGAUUUGUAUGACUGUAUUUUUUAUUGUAUCUUUCACUUUGUUGCUUUGAAAUAAAUCACGACACGACUGCAGCUCUCACUCUCUUCUCUGUUAUUGAAGAACAUUGCUGAAAUGUCGUUUCAGAGUGACACCUUGUCCAUGCCUGAGGACUUUUGCACAUUGUCUCUUUCUCGUGCCAACUCGUGUCAUUAACGCACAUGAUAGAAACUGCGUGUGUUUUUCUUGUGAUUCGUUUAGGGGGCUGGAGUCUGUGUUUGGUUUGUGUUUCUUGAGGAAAUUCAUCAACGCUGUUUCUCUUGAAAGAUGUUGGACGAGCGCCAUCAGGUGGCCAGCAAAGAUCUGUACAGAAUCAUGCACCAGCUCAACGCAGAAUCUCAUUCUGUAAAUGUACACCAGGGCCUGCUUUAAUAAAUAAAUAAAAUUAUCAUUAUUAAAAAA